UCUCCGCUGCACACCGUCAUUUAGCCAGCUGACAGCAGGCAGCUCUGCAUUAAUUUCUCAUUUAUCUAUAAAUGCAUGAUUAUUUCUUCAGCUCCUCGGUUUUAUUUAUGAUUAUAUAGAUCUCAGAGCGCGUGUCGGACUCUGAACUCUCCCGCUGUGUGUUUUAUUCGGGUUAUUAGAGGUUUUAUCCGGUAUCCGGAGAUGUUUACCUCUCAGACCUCCUCCUUCCAGGAGUCUAUAGAUGUGGAGGAGAAGGACGGGGAUUACGAUACUGAGGAUCUGUCGGGACUGAGCCCCAGAAUCCAGCAGAUCAACUCCUACUACUCGAUAUAUUACUACCAGAACUCCAGAUCUGAGGCUGCUGAAGAAAGUGUAGCCUGGAGCCAGAGACGAGCAGACUCCACUACCAGUCAGGAUGACUUUAGUCUAACACUAUUGGACACCAGCUUGCCUGCGGAGGCGGAGCCCGAGCUGCGGAGCUACAUCUCCCGCAGGCUGAGCAAAGGAGCCCUGCUGGGGGGCAUGGGCAAUAUCGCCACCGUGGAGCUCAGUGUUCCUGAGCAGGCGGUGGGCUGUUACUGUUGUCUGCUGGAGCAGGAGAGAUCUCCAGAGCAGCCGGAGGCAGACGGUAACGGCUGGGUGGUCUGUCUCCUCGGAGGCUCAGAGAAAGGCCUGAACUUAUUCAGAAUCGAGCUUGAUAAGUAUGUCCAAGGUCUGCAGAGCAGCUUGACUCAAGAGAUGCAGAACCUGGAGUCGGAGGUUCGGCCUUACCUGAGCCUGUGGUACGAGGAGUCCGUCAUGCACAUCCACAGAGUGGUCCAGCUGCUCCAGAAUAACAUCGGCUAUCUCCUCCAUGCAGCGUUGAAUCACACUCAUGUAGAAGUCACUGGAGCAGAUGAGAGGACAAAGACCGAUGUGGCGAGGUUUAUUAAAGCGGCGAGUCUGCAGGGUCUGGUGCAGGAGGAGCCAUCCACAGCGUCUCUGUGUAAAACCGAGUCUAAAGAAUCUCGAUCUGACCUGCUGAUCGACUGCUCCAGCAGCCCCCCCGCUCUCACGAACACAGCGAGUAACCGGUUCUGUGAUGAAUGGAUCCAGGCUUUCCUGAACGCAGCCGAGCGAUUUAACCCCUUCCUUCUGCGGCAGAUCCUGGAGAACUUCAAACUCAAGGCCAUCCAGGACAUGAACAACCUGAAGCGAUUUAUCCGGCAGGCGGAGAUGAGCCACUACGCUCUGUUCCGCUGCUGUCUGUUCCUGCAGACCUGCGGGAACGGAGACAUCCUGCUCCAGAACGCCCGGGCCGAGCACAGCGGCCUGCCCGAGGCCUGCAGCAUCAUCCGGGUGCUGGAGGAGUUCAUCGCUGAGCAGGCUGUGGGCGUGGUGCAGUAACGUACUGUGGCCUGCAGAGGGCAACACUUAUAUGUUAUAUAUGCUGAUAUCAUCACACAGUCAUAUUUACUAGUGCAUCUCAAACAAUUAGAAUAUCAUUUAAAAACUUACUUUAUUUCAGUAAUUUAGUAAUUUAGUUUAAAAAUGUGAAACUCUAGAUGUAUUAAACACAGAGUGAUCUAUUUUAAGCAUUUAUUCAUUUUAUUGUUGAUGAUUAUGACUUACAGCCAAUAAAAACCCCAAAAAUCAGUGUCUUAGAAAAUUAGAAUGUUACAUAAGACCAAUUAGUACUUUAGGCAAUAUGGGCAGUGUGCCAAGUCCUGCUGGAAAAUGAAAUCUACAUCUCCAUAAAAGUUGUCAGCUGAGGGAAGCAUGAAGGGCUUGAAAUGGAAGCUUCAAGUAAAUGCUUAAAACAGAUCACUCUGUGUGCAAUUAAUCUAUAAAAAUAUGAGUUUUACAUUUUGAAUUUUUCAAAUAUUCUUUUUGAGAUGCACCUGUAUUGUGUAGUGUGUGUAUGUAUAUAUAUAUUUGAAUAUAUGAUACACAAAAAACUAGAGAUAAAAAUUUUAAAUUGUGAAUCAUUGUGAAGGCUCACUACAACACUACCAGGCUUAUAUUCCUGAUAUUAGACACUACUGGCAAAACUUGAUUAUUGAUUGAUAAAAAAUUGAUUAUGGAGAUGUUCUUCAGUUGCAUGCAUUCCAGCAGUUACCUACAUUUUUUUACUAAUCUCCCGCUCUUGUAUAUAGCAAAGAAAAAUGUAAUUAUGAGACAUUUGUGUAAAUCUGUAGUAGUAAGUAGUUGGGUGUGUAAAUGCUCAUUCACUAAACUCUAAUCAAGUGAUUCUGUGUUGUAUAAAUAUGUAAAUAAAUUGCUCCCACUAUGAAGAAUCAUGCAGUUCCUUUCAAAAAUCACCAGAAACCUGUGCAGGUGGUUCAGUUGUAAACUAGAACACAUAUUAAACACACACACACACAUACAACCAUGUGGUGCAAUUUUAGAUAAUUUUAGGUAAUGAUGCAACGGUAGUUGCAGCCAAUCCGGUUGCAGCUAACUAAACUGUAACAGUUCUUGCAUAAUAAACACUCUAUCAUAUCUAAACCGGCACAGGUAAAGAGGGGUGUGAGGGUUAUCCUGUAGUAACAUUCAUUACCUUUUGUCUUAUUGAACACUUUUGACUUCUGGAUUGAGAAGUCUGACCUUCCUGAGAAGUUGUGAUAUUUGUGAUAUUUGUUAAAUAUCAUCUCUUCUGAUUAUUUGUUGGUUUAAAUGUAGUGUGUACAUUUCACCUUCUGCCUGAUCUUGUAUUUAUGAAUAAAGAGAUUAAUAAUAAAGUCAA